AUGCGCAGUAUAUCUAAAGGUUUCAAAGAUUUGUCCGAAGGUUUUCGAGAGGGGAUGUCCGAGAGAGAACCAAUCAAGGGGAAAAAGUUGAGGGUUUUUAAGGAGUUCAAAAGGGAACAGGUGGUGGCAGGGUGGCUGUCUGGUUUGGUGGCUGGACAGGGGGCUGGUCGGAGUCUUUUCAGAGCAGAAGCUUCACUGAGCUCUCUCUCUCUCUCACUCUCUUUCUACAGCUCUGUUUCUAUCACUUCCAUUGCUGUUUUGUUUAAAAUGUCUGUAGCUUUGGGUUUCUUUGUGGCUCUUAUGAUGCUGGGCUUGGUAAGCUCAGCUAAGUUUGAUGAGCUUUUCCAGCCUGGUUGGGCUACGGAUCACUUUAUCUAUGAAGGAGAGCUCCUUAAGCUCAAACUUGAUAACUAUUCUGGUGCUGGAUUUGCAUCAAAAAGCAAGUAUUUAUUUGGAAAAGUAACCCUGCAGAUUAAGCUUGUAGAGGGUGACUCUGCUGGGACUGUUACUGCUUACUAUAUGUCAUCGGACGGUCCAAACCACAAUGAGUUUGAUUUCGAGUUCUUGGGCAAUACCACAGGUGAACCAUACCUUGUUCAGACCAAUGUGUACGUGAAUGGUGUAGGUAACAGGGAGCAAAGAAUGAACCUUUGGUUUGACCCCACAAAGGACUUUCACUCUUACUCCAUCCUUUGGAACCAGCGCCAAGUUUUAUUUCUAGUGGAUGAGACCCCAAUAAGAGUGCACACCAAUAUGGAACAUAAAGGAAUUCCUUUUCCUAAAGACCAAGCCAUGGGUGUAUAUAGCUCAAUUUGGAAUGCUGAUGACUGGGCCACACAGGGUGGCCUAGUCAAGACUGACUGGAGCCAUGCACCAUUCAUUGCCUCCUACGAAGGCUUCGAAAUAGAUGCAUGCGAGUGCCCGGUGUCGGUGGUAGCAGAUGAGAAUGCCAAGAAAUGUAGCAGCAGUGGUGGGAAGAGGUUCUGGUGGGAUGAACCUACAAUGUCCGAGUUAAGUUUGCAUCAGAGCCACCAACUUGUGUGGGUCAGAGCCAAUCACUUGGUCUAUGACUAUUGUACUGAUACUGCUAGGUUCCCGGUCAUGCCUGUAGAGUGUGAGCACCAUCGCCACCAGUGAAGCGUUUAUAUGGCUAUGAAAGCGUUGUUUUGGGUACAUUGUAAAAGUUUGUUGUAUGGGCAGGGGAUGAAUCGUAGUCAUUAAAACAUGUAGUCCAUGUUCUAUAUUUUGGUUGGUUUAGUUUCCACAUUGUAUGAUAAUCUCAUAAGAUUAAGGGUAUAAAGUUUUUAGUUUCUGUUGCAUAAACUUGUUCGGACUUCUUGCUGCUUAUGGGGGGAUGUAUUUUGAGUGCGUCCUGUCCUGUGGCUAUGUUCUGACUACAGGUACACUUACUCACGGGCUGUCAUGGGGGGACCAAGAAGAUGUAAAUCACGAUUGAUGGAUACUAGAUCAAAGUCAGGCGUUAUAGACCCCAAAGCAUGGUGAAAUUUGAGGUUUAUCAGAGCGCCCUGUCCCCUGCAACUCUCAGGAUUCUCAAUCGACUUGAUACUACGUUACUUAAGGAGAAAGCAAAGCAUUUAAUCAUACGGGAGCUUUCAAGUGUAAAGAUCUGGUAAUGGAUUCAUUCAAAUGUAUCAUAUUGUAUAGUAAUUUAACUUGAUUAUAAUAAU